UACAAACAGACUGCAGGUAGAGAAGGAGGCAGGGAAGUCGUAUAACUGAUGUCUUUUUUUCCAGCAUUUCCAAACCCCUGCGCAAAGUGAAUGUGUCUUUGAAUGCAUCAUGAAGCCGCAGAUGAUUGGGAACAAAAAGCGCCCGUCUGUGACAGCUGUAACCGCAUCUGAGGUGGCUCUGUCCCUGCAAGAGGAGCUUGUAGCAGCGAUACAUGGAGCUUUUGAAGUGGCUGUGGAGAUCGCAGUGCGAGAGGUAACGGAGCUCGUAGGUCAUGCAACAGGCGACAUCUAUGAAGAAAUGCAGCGAGAAAACGAGACCCUCAAACAAAGGCUAGAGAGAGCUGAAGCCAUGCUGGAGGAAAUGGGUGGCAGCACUCGUUCCGCAAAGCAGACAAGUCAACCUCACCUCAAUCCCAUGUCGCAAAAAGCUAAAGUGCACCCUAACACGGGGGGCAGAAGUGACAAUCCUCCUGAAGGUCACAGCCGUGCACAUUUGCCUCCUUCUGACCAUAAAGAUAAACAUAUGAGAAGAAAUGAGGAGCAGAUCUCAGACGGGGAUGUAAGGAAGCGGCUCGUCAGUGAUGCUGCUUCAGACCCACAGAAAGAAAGAGAUGAAUGUGCUGGCGUUGCUUUGACUAAAGAUGUCACUGAGGAGCUUUCCCCUGUAUGUGUGGUGAAGCUAGAAAACAUUAACCAUCCAUGUCAAGACCUGGCAGCUCAACCCUGCCACUCGCCGCCACUUCCCAACGCCAACGACAAGUUCCCAACAGAGCAGGUUUCUGUGAAGCAAGAGAAGCCAGAAGAAGAGAGAGGAGUUGGUGAUUCUUCUUGUUGUUUAGACUCUAUCAAAGUGGAGGAUUUCAGCCCAGAGUGCAUGUCUGCAAUCCAUUCCUCAAUGUUGGAAGAGUGGGAACCAGAAGUGGAAAAUAUUCACUGCCCAGACCUGAACACACAGCUGUCCUGCACCAGGCUGGCUCAGGCUCAUCCUUCAAACCAGACUUCCGACCUCACACCAUCCAUAGAUCCUCCAUCCCUGUCCUCAGAGUUCCCAAACAUCUUUCAGCUGGCAGAACCGGCUCCCAUCCAGGAAGCCUCCCAACAGGUUUUUGGAGUCCAUGUCUGCACCAGCCGUAACCUCAGCCACACCGUUGCCAACCUCUAUACCUGCAAGUCCUGUGGUGAGACUUUCCACCUGCCAAGCUUGCUGCGGCGGCAUUACAGCCAGUGUCAGCAGAAGCGUCAGCAGCCGGUGGCAGGAAGCAAGAGGACCAGGCUGCAGCUUUACCCACCGGGCUGCAGCCCCUUCCGCUGUACAGAGUGCAACCGAGAGUUCAACCGCAUGGAGAACCUCAAGACCCACCUUCGCAUCCAUACAGGAGAGAGACCAUACACCUGCUCUGUGUGCUCCAAAUGUUUCCGUCACUCUGGGGCUUUAACCAGACACUUCCGUAUCCACACCGGAGAGAAGCCUUACAUCUGCGGGCAGUGUGGAAAGUCUUUCAGAAACUGUGGGGGACUCAAAUUCCACCAGCGUUCACAUAGCAAGUUGCUCCAGUAGAGUGGGACACAACAGUGCUGAGGUCUUCAGGAACGACAUUUUUCAACACAAGAUGUAAAUGAUUUUAUGCAAUGCUCAGUGUGUUUUUAAUUUGAUAUUUUUUAACGUGAACAAGUAUGGAGUUAGAUUUGUUUCUUUUUUACAUACAAGAAAAUAAAUGA